AUGGUGCCUUUCCAAGUUCAAAAAAUCCCCCGAAUUCUUAAAUCCCCGAUUAAAUCUUGGCCGAGCACCAGAUUUCAGAUUUUGGUGCAGAUUUUUCUGGUUUUAGUGUUGACGUAUGUGAAAUUUGUAAGAGCAGGUUGUGAAACCGAUAAAGCCCAGCCGGAGAUUGGGAUAUAUGAAGAUAAUUACACAGGAUCUCCAUCUCACUAUAAAGUGGCUAAGAUGUCAUAUGCUGCUAAUAUGAGUGCUUUGUAUAUGUUUCAAAGCUUAAGUUCAGGCACUUUUAGAGUGAACAAAUUUCAUUCUACAAAUCAAGAAAUAAUAUGGAGCAAAAGUUAUUCAAUAGAUUUUUCUGCUAAUGCUGCCCAGUUCGGCCUGACCUGGGAUGAAGCCCAUUUGUAUGCUAUUGAAGACAACACCUCAAACAAUACUAUCUCUGUUAUCCUGAUGGAUCCUGAGCAUGGAGUAGUUACAGGAGCCUACCAACUGGAUAAUAUCUCGGAUGUGUCCCGAUCAGACUCAAGUCCUCCAUUCAUCUAUUUUGAUGGAAAGAAUGUUACUUCUGCCAAGAGAGUAUUGUGAAAGUUUACCUUAUAUCUGAAGAGAUUUAGAUGUAUGAAUCUGACGACUGUUACAGGUCCUCUUUUGGAUCUUACAGCUGUUUAUCUGAACGAAGUUUUUAUUGUUUUUGAUCAAGGUAUGUAUCUGUAUAUGGCAAAGCUUACUCUUUUGGGUCGUCAUGCUGUUGUUGAUUGGGUUAAGAAGGAUACUCCUACAGACGAUUUAUUCACAGUUUCUUCUGUUUAUAGUAGGACUCAUGAAACUAUCUACAUGUUUGUUCAUGCAAAUUCCACAAGAAAAGGCAUUUUCAGGGCGAUUUCUGCAAAAACAGGGAAUAUUUUUACUUCUACUAUUCACGAAACAAAGAUUACGAUCGAUCCUCCCAACCUGAUGGUUUUAGGGAACGGAAAAGUUCACCUCAUCCUUAGAAAUCAUAAAUAUGAAUGUGGUCACUUUCUCAACAACUCCACUACUCAAAAUCUUUGUUGAAAUUCUAACGUUAAUGAAUGCCCUAUUCCAUACAUUUGAAAAUACAACAAAUGCAAAAGACAUCCUGGAUCAUUAUCAUUCACUACAAGCUGUUCAUGAGCCCCAAAUUCUUGCCACAUGUACGAAGGGGAUGUCUGCGAUCACAAUAGAAAGAAUUACAAUCAUACGAUAUAAAUACUUAUGACAUUGCAACAAAUAGCUUCAGCAAUAUCACAGCACUACCUCAGAACCAGAGCUUUGACUCCAUUGUUUAUGAGAAGAAUGAAGACAGAUUUGUACUAGCAGGAGUCAUGAAUCUCACAGAUACAGGAAGCCCAGAUACUAAAACAAGGUUAUUCAAGAUAAAUCCAAACUCUUUAGCAUGUGACUACAUAUUUGAGUACUUUAACGAAACAGAACUAGUUAAGAAUGCUUCCUCAGUUUAUGCGACUCCUGGUAAUAUCCCCCAUAAUACGAUUAAAAACUAUGUCUUCAUUAACAAUGCAGCACGAUCUAACCCUACAGUAACAGAUGGCAACUUUUCUUGGAACCUCGUGAAUAAGUCGCAUAUUUACUGCAAGACAGAGAAUUUACCGACAAUGGAAUUUAUAGAACUCACUAAUAAAACAUUUACUGCUGGUGUCAGUUGAAGUAGUAACGGUUCGACUGAAAUUACUUCAGUUAAUAUGACCUUUGUCAAUCCUGCAAGUUUUCCUUCUGGCAGCAUAAAUUUUGAUAAUAUAACACUUGAAGUGAACAUGACUCUACCAGAAACUGAUGACUCUGAUAUGUAUGGACUAGUUUUUACAACUAAGCUUGUUGAUAAAAUUGAUAUCAAGCAGUAUUUUAACAUCAACGUGACAGACACUCCUCCUGAAGCUAUACCAAUACCGGAGCCUCCUCCUGUCCUUGCUAUUGAAACAGCGGAACAAGCUUCUUUUUGGUCCAAGAUAGUUAUUUUUCUUGGAUCUUUAGUCAAUAUGCUUAAUUCAAUGAUGAGCUCUGCCUCAUCAGCUGCCAUCUGGCAAAUGAUGAACCAGAUCCAGCUCUUGAAACUAUUAUUCCUAACUGGAGCCUACCUCCCACCUGAAACCAAAGAGUUCUUCAAGGGAAUGGAGUUCAUGUCGUUCAACUUCAGCUUCAUCCCCUUUGAAAAACUUCCUGGGAUUGGAUACUCUAUCAACUACAUUGACUUUGAGCAAAGUUCGAAGGAACUCAGUGAGUUCGGACUCGAAUCCGGAAGCUCCAUAAAUAACAACGUGUCCUUAGUUUUAUUUCUGAUUAUGGUUAUCAUCUUCCAUCUUAUUUUGGCCUUGGUGGUAGCCAUGUCAGCAGAAGAAGGAAACUGCUGAGUCAGGCUUUUCAAUUGCAUCACAGCCAAAUUGAUGAAGAUGUUCACAUUUACUAUCUACAUCAGAGCAAUGUUUGAAGCAUUUAUUUUGCUGAUAGUAUCAUGAUUUUCUGAGCUUUAUUCUAUCAGCAGCCAAAUGCCGAAUUCUAAAUUGAUCUCACUGUUCUUAUCCAUUGCGAUUAUGAUCGGUCUCUCAAUUCUCAUCGUGUUAUUCAUCAGAAAUUUACGAAACACAGAUCCUGAAGAUAGAGAAGAAGGUCCUUACUGUGAACUAUACUCUGGAGUCAAAGAGUCCAAGCUUGCGAUGACCUUCAACUUGUUCUUCUUACUUAGGAGAUUGCUGUUUGUGUUCGUGCUAGUUCUAUUGCAAGCUCUACCUUUGGUGGUAAAGUUAUCAUUCAUUAUUACUCUUGAAAUCUGCUACAUUGGAUUUGUGAUUGUGUAUAUCAGACCAUUUGGGAAAGUGGAUUUAAACGUGGUGGAGCUUGCUAAUGAACUGUACUUUUGCUUUUUCCUUUGAGUCCUCUUUUCAAAAAAUCAGAGACAAGAUUGGACAGUUUCCACUAUCAAGAUUUAUCUUCAUGUUUUAACUGCAAAUAAUUUUAGUAUUAUCGCAAUAUCCCUCAGUUUCAAAUUUGUGAGCAUGAUUAAGAGUCUAAUCAAAUCGCUCAAAAAGUGCAAGAGAAAACCCAAGCCCGAAGAGGAUCAAACAAACAAAGAGCAUAUUGACCUUGACACUUUUGCUCAGAAUCGCCCAUCCACAAUUUCAAACACUAGGCUACCUUCUUCAAAGUUGGGAUCUUCUCCUCAUUUUACAAGCGCUAAGAGUCACCAAAAUUCAACCGUUGGAACUAGCGAUGUCAGACUUGGGCCCCAUUUCUAAAACUGAAUGACAAUUAUUUUAGAUAGAGAUUCAAUCUAA